UCAUCAGUGGGCUUCUUUCAGUUCGAAGAAACUGGUCAAACCUUACGAUGAAGGUGUUGCUUUUCUACUGUAUUGUUGCAUGCGCUACACUAGCACUCGGCAAUCCCAUUGAUGUAAUUAGUGAUGAAGAAACGGAUUCUGGUGAACAUGACAAUGUGGAAGAUGUAGCUUUUGAUUCGUAUAUUGUAGAACAACCAGAAAGUGAAUUAAUUCCGUUGGAGAAUGUAGAAAGUGAUGAAGUGGAAACGGACUCGUCGUUAGACAAUGAAUACAAUCCGGAAGUCAACGAAGAUGUGUUAGUGGUGUUAGGUGAUCUUUUGGAUUUCGAAAAUGAACAGGAUGGUGAAGAGGAUGAAGCAGUACAAGAUGCUCAAUCACCACUAGCAUCGGAGGCGUUGGAGGAUCCAUAUCCCAAGCAAAAACUGCUGAUCAGGCCACUGAGACUGUGCGCUCUUCCUCCGUUGUAUGUUGGUCAAAAGCUCCAGCCAGUCCCUUCUUGGUGGUGCCAGUGUCCAAAGGGCGUCAUAUGCUAGCAGCAAUGAUGUAAACACGUGAACGAAUCCGAUAAUUAAAACCUAAUCACUAUUUCAUAAUACA